CUCAGCGUGGUUUCCCAAGCCGGCAGCAGCCUCGCUCGCCGACUGGCAUCGUCUACCGUUCGGCACACAGUCGAACUCGUUCGCCACUGGACGACGGACGUCGCGGCGUCGCCGUCGCCCUUUUCCAUCCAGCGGCAAAUUAUUCUUCUCUUUCCUCGUGCAAGAAAAAAGAAGGGAAAUCAUCGGCCAAGACGAUGCGUCACGCGUCACUCCGCUUCUUCCUCCUCGUAUUUGUGCCAGUGUACGCGCGGCAGGCCACCGGUUGCGCUUUCUGCGAGACACUGUCUCAGCAACAGUUGCAGCUGCGCCAGCUACACCAAUUGUCUCAGCAACAGCAGCAGCAACAGCAACAGCAGCAGCAGGGGUACAAGACGAUCGGCAGCCCGAGGCCUUUCGGCGGGGAGAAACCGACAAGGGUGCAGGAGUUCAACAGGACCGGCGUGCUACACCCCGAGUAUCAGAUACCGGCCACCCUUCGACCCGGUAACGUGUCUCAAUUUUAUUAUCUGAGUCCACGUGAAGGACCACCUCUCACGUUACUCGUUAGUCCUUGUAGUGGACCGAUAUCAUGGACCGUCAGUUACGUUGAACCACCAGAGAACGCUGAAGAAACAGAUGGAGCAAAAUCUCAAACACGAUGGCCUGUGAAAAGUUUGAAGCCAGGUUCCCCCCUUUUCUCGUAUGAAGGUGAGGAGGAUCAGAAUUUCACGAUAUCGAAGACACGCGCUGGCCUCUAUUGGUUCGAAAUUAAAUCCGUGCAUCCUCCUGGUGCCAAUUUGGAAAAAUUAUUACCAAGCACAGUGCUUUUGUACGCCACGUCAAGCAAUUUGAAUCACACCCUCCAACUGUACAUGAAUGAAAAAGAAAAUCGUCGUCGUUCGUUAAGAUUUCAGCAACGAAGAAGCAAACGUCGGCUUACAAUAUCUUGGAAUAAAAGCAACAUAGAUCCCCACCUCUCUCAUUAUUGUCUAGCUGUAACAUCAGGAUCUCAGCCUCAUCCCUUGACCCUUUGUGCGGCGCAAAAUGUUCUUCGUGUUCACCCACAUCCGAUGAAAGGAAGCUCUGCUUCCAAGGAACAGCAACACCGUGGCAUUCCGGAAGGGCUUCAUUGCGUGCGUCAAACAAAAUUGACGCUUCACAGGAUGAAGUACAACACUACGUACAAUUUUACAUUAUACGUGGUAAAUACACGAAAUAAUGUAUCGAAUCGUAUAGGAACUGAUACCAUAAAAUUUCGGAAAACAUCAGAGUUAAGAUUGCGCACUGGGCAUUAUAGCACAGCCAAUUUGCGUAAAACUGAUGGAUUUGUCAAUUUCUUUUAUCGUCCUCCAGCAAAUAUUUCGAGUACUUUUUAUAUUCUUCCUUGCGGUGGCGGCAUCGUUAGAGCAAAAUUAAGCGCUCCAGGAAUUUUAAGGGAAAAGGAGGUAAUAGGAUAUGCAUCAUUAAGGGUACCACCUUUAACUUCAGGGAAAGGAUACACAUUACGGAUAUCCGCUACACCACAAGAAUUAGUACGAGUAUCUGCCAUUAAAGUACUAGCUACCCAAGAAUCGUCUGUCAUAUAUCCACAGAUUCCCACGAGAAGCGUACCACGUGAAUACGGAUCCCUAAAAACUUGCCACGAGGUGACAGUAGGAGUAGAAUCAGCAGGUUCUGCCAAGUAUUGCAUCCUAGUGCGGGAAUUAAAGAGCGGCUCGUCUUUGGCCAGCAUGACAACUAUUCCAGACCAAUGUGGCCUUCAUCGUCGACGACGUUCCGAAUAUACUUUCGAGAUCUGCGAAGAGAAAGAAAAUCCGCCGAAAGAUCGAGCGCUUCCAUUCACUCUUAAGAGGUUGCAACCAGGAAAAGCUUAUCUUUUACAAAUCACAGCUCAAUUAAAAGGACAAUCUUUGUCUUAUCCUUUGUUAACUGUACGCACUCGACGUUCCUGUCUACCUUGAUAACUUUGAUUCUCAUCCAAGGAAAUAGGAAUAAUCAAUGAUGAUUUUUGAAAAACGAUCGUUUAAAUCGUUACAUUAUAUUUAGAUCUUUUAUAUUUGUCAUUUUUAAUAUUUAAUAUUUUUCCUUUCUCGUUUAUGGUUGAAUGCAUUAAAAAAAAUCAAAGAAUUACUUAUUUAUUAAUGUUUGUCUUUUGAUAAAUGGGUAACUCUUUCGUGCAUUAGAACAAAAUGUAACUAAAAAAAAAUUUUGAUUUAAUAUCAAUUCAAAUCUUACGAUCUUUAGAAUCCCACAAUUUUUCAAAUCUAUGAAAAAAUCCAAAAUGUUUAGGGUUUUUUAUGGAUUUUUAUAAAAUUUUUUAAUAUAAAUAAUUUUAAAUAUUUCAGGUAUUUCUAAAAUCUUGUGUAUUAAGAUGAAAAUUAAAUAAUUUUAUUAAAUAUUUUUCGUUAUGAAUAAUGAAUGAAAAAAAAAAUUUUGUUAACAAUUCAAACUUAAAAAAAAAUUUUACAAGAUAGAAAUUAUUUCGAAAUAUCUAUUUGUAAAACGUUUUAUUCCUCUUCUAAAGGGAAUUUAAAGAAUCUCGCUAACUAUUACUCGCAUAAGAUUUCAAUUAAUGAGAUUUCUGUUUAAAUGCAUUUUAUUUAAAACAUACUUUUUCACUUCACUAAGUAUAUUUCAGUUGAUUAACAUCGAUCGCAAAUAGAUAAAAAAAUUCCUAAUGUUACCUAAUGAAGAGAAUUAUCCUAAGGAAAUAUUAUGUAUAUAAUAAUAAAAAUAUUUCUAUUUUUGAUAGUUCUCUUAAUUCGAAAGUUUAUUAACAAAUUUAUUUAAAUAACCAAGACUUAGAUAUGAAUAUCGAUUGAUGCACUUUCAAAUUCUAUAAAUUAUUAAAAUACUUUCAUUUCAUCGUUUUUAUAGUCAUUAAAAAUUAAAUUCAUCUGUUUAUAGUUCAUUUUAAAAUUAUUCCGAAUAAUAUUUAUAUUCGAAAAUAAUAUUUAUCGAUAUCUAUACUAUAAGCGAAUUAAUAUGUUUAAUAUCCGUUUUAUAUAAAAAAAUAUUUUUUUUUUAUUAUGGAAAAAUCGUUACUCCAUUUCGAGGCUAAAUCUAGUCUAGAUUUACAAGCUAUAACUCAAUAAUAACAUUUAUUUGAAAUUUAUAUAUUUUUUUUUAAUUUAAGAAACUGUUUUACUUUUAUUUUUGCAACAAGCAUAUUCAACAAUAAUACUGUUUGAUGUAGAUACAAUUUACAUUCACAUUGUAAAUAAAACGUUACCCUAACCAAAUGUGACAUACAAAAACGAACCAUAGAAUUAUAUAGCACGGUGCUAAUGAUAUAUGUACUGUGUAAUUAGCUGCGAUUUACUUUUAUAUCGUUAAUAUUAUGAAUUUAUAAUAUUUGUUUA